AUGCUUGACCAACAUGACCAAGGAAUUAUCGAUGUCCAUGGUCUAAUUGAGAAUGUUGUCUAUUCGAACAAAUGUACAAGAGGAGUAAGCGGUACCGUGUGUGGCGAUAAUGGUGUUACCUACGAUGAUGCCUGCGACGUCGAUGACGACGACGAUGACACGAACGGAAAUGGAGGAGUACAUGUUGCCCACUCAGGGCCGUGCAAUCGCGGAGGAGGUCAAGCUCCUCCUGCAGCCCCACGUGCUCCUGCACCACCCGCUCGUGCUCCCGCACCACAAGCUCCAAUAGGACCAUACUCUCCCGCCAUUCCUCAUGCUCCUCCAGCACGUGCCCCAAGUUAUGCUCCUGUUGCUCCAGGCGGAGGUGUCAAUGGUGAUACAAGUGGAGAGACUGGGUAUGAACAGUCACCUUCUGUUGGAUAUGCUCCAGCCGCUCCCGCUGUUGGCUACGCUCCCGUUGCACCAGCUGUUGGUUAUGCUCCUGCUGCACCAGCUGUUGGUCAUGCUCCUGCAGUUGGUUAUGGUCCCGCUGUAGGUUACGCUCCAGCUGGCACAGAUGUCGGCUAUGCUCCUGCUUCUGGUGAUUCUGGCUAUGAUUACGCGUACGAAGAUAACAGCGACAGCAGUGAAGAAGGAUACGGCUAUUAUGAGUAUUAUAUUUACGUAGCUCCUGCCGCAGGUCCUGUCGGUUUUGCACCAGCUCCAGCAGCCCCCACUGCUCCAGGUGGGCCUGCAUACGCUCCAGGUGCAGGAGGAGCCGAUGGGUGUGGUGCACACGAUAGCGGAGAAGGAUGUAGCGGUGGUGCAGGUGCAGUUGGGUUUGCGCCAGCUCCAGGUGGCCAAGCUUUUGCUCCAUCUGUUCCAGGAUAUUCACCAGCUGGACCUGCUUUCGCACCGGUCGGUGGUGAUGGUGGUUGUGGAGAUUCGGGUAGCGGGGAAGGAUGUGAAGGUGAUGAAUCUGAUGGUGAGGAUAGCGGAAGUGACGAAGGGGAUUACUCCGGUGCUCCAGGCGGUGCUGCCGCUCCAGGAGGUGCUGCUGCUCCUGCGCCUGGCGCCCCACGUGCUCCCGCUCCAGGACUCCCACAGGCACCUCCAGCACGUGCACCUGUUCCUCCACCACGUGCUCCGAGUCCUCCACUGAGACCUCAUGCUCCCGUUCCUGCUCCUCCUGCUCCUUCGGCACCUGCUGGUAAAGAUGAUUCUAAAGAGAAAACAGCUGAUGCUCCGGAGCCUCCAAGAGCUCCUUCCCCUGCUUCUCCGUCUGCACCGAAAGCACCCGCUCCAUCACCUGCUCCUCCUGCUGCUCCUGCACCAAAAGCUCCUUCUGGUGGUUGUGCACCGGGCGAUGCCGGAUGCAGUGAUGGUGGUGAUAAUGGAGGAGAUGAAUGCACGGACUCGGGCUGUAAAGAUGAUGACGAUAAUAAUGGUAUGGCUCAUCAAAAUCUUCCCAUCGCAAUUAGAAUUUAUUGA